AUGUCACUGAACCCAGCUGUCCCUCCCUCCCUCUCCUUCCAGCCCGCCCUACUUGUUCGUUCACCACCACCCGCCCACCGACUUUCCCCCUUCAUUCAACCACUUCCCCCCCCUCCGUGUGUCCCUACCUGUUGCCUUGCUGCCGCCUAUUGCCACCUAUCGGGGCUCCAACAGUACGACCAUUUUGAGUUCCCGGGCGUUGUGCCUCGAACGUUCCUCGGAGCCAUGCUAGUGGCGGGGCUAUCAUCCCCUCUAGUGGCUAUCACUCACCUGUUUGGUGCUUCUAAGAUCACAGCACUCGUUAUUGUGCGCGGCACGCUUGGAUUCAUUGUCUUCCUCUCCUUCUACAUGCUUCGACGACAGCCUUCCUUCCUCUCCAGUGCUCUCUAUUUCCCUUCCCCCCUUCUCCACCCAUCCACCCUCAGAUCGCCACCAGCUUUGGCACCCUCUGAUACUUCUCCCUCUGGGACGCCCUCCAAAAGCCUUCCUUCCUCUCCCGUGCUCUCUAUUUCCCUUCCCCCCUUCUCCACCCAUCCACCCUCAGAUCGCCACCAGCUUUGGCACCCUCUGAUACUUCUCCCUCUGGGACGCCCUCCAAAAGCCUUCCUUCCUCUCCAAUCGCCACCAGCUUUGGCACCCUCUGAUACUUCUCCCUCUGGGACGCCCUCCAAAAGCCUUCCUUCCUCUCCAGUGCUCUCUAUUUCCCUUCCCCCCUUCUCCACCCAUCCACCCUCAGAUCGCCACCAGCUUUGGCACCCUCUGAUACUUCUCCCUCUGGGACGCCCUCCAAAAGCCUUCCUUCCUCUCCCAUCGCCACCAGCUUUGGCACCCUCUGAUACUUCUCCCUCUGGGACGCCCUCCAAAAGCCUUCCUUCCUCUCCCGUGCUCUCUAUUUCCCUUCCCCCCUUCUCCACCCAUCCACCCUCAGAUCGCCACCAGCUUUGGCACCCUCUGAUACUUCUCCCUCUGGGACGCCCUCCAAAAGCCUUCCUUCCUCUCCCAUCGCCACCAGCUUUGGCACCCUCUGAUACUUCUCCCUCUGGGACGCCCUCCAAAAGCCUUCCUUCCUCUCCCGUGCUCUCUAUUUCCCUUCCCCCCUUCUCCACCCAUCCACCCUCAGAUCGCCACCAGCUUUGGCACCCUCUGAUACUUCUCCCUCUAGGACGCCCUCCAAAAGCCUUCCUUCCUCUCCAUUGCUCACUCUUUCCCCCCUUCUCCCUUUUCCAUCCGCCCUCAGUUCGCCACUACCUUCGGCACCCCAACAGCGAGAUACUUUGCCCUGCUGCUCCUCUCGCAGUUCCACCUGCCCUUCUACGCCUCUCGCCCCCUCCCCAACGUCUUUGCUCUUGCCCUCGGUACGCUACAUGCUGCCCGCCUUGCCUACUACCCACUGCCCACUGCUUCCCUGUCAGCCUGCUUUUGAGGCGUCUAGAAAAGUGUUUCCUCUCGCAGUUCCACCUGCCCUUCUACGCCUCUCGCCCCCUCCCCAACGUCUUUGCUCUUGCCCUUGCCAACCUGGCAUUUACUUACUGGAUCAAGGGCAAGGCUGCACAAGCUUUGCAGACGCUGGUCUUUGCGUUUGUUGUCUUCCGAUGCGACGUGCUCAUACUCCUUGCCCCUAUCGGCCUCUCCUUACUGCUCACUCGGUCAAUUGGGUUCUUCUUUGCUGCGUUCACAUGUGUUCUAACCGGCAUAGCUAGUCUGAUGCUCACGGUAUCAGUGGACUCUGUAUUGUGGCGGCGCUUCCCCCUCUGGCCGGAGGGCAUGGUGCUCUUUUUCAACACCGCUCUCAACAAAAGCUCCGAAUGGGGGGUGUCCAGCCCACACUGGUACUUCACGUCAGCCCUUCCCCGAGCCCUGCUUCUCGCCUACCCGCUCUCCUUUCUGGGUCCAAUUCUCGAUCGUCGCAUGCUGCGCUUCUUCCUGCCAGCACUCACCUUCGUGGGCCUCUACUCCUUCCUCCCUCACAAGGCAAGGCAGGACGCAGGGUAG